AAUCACCAAAUGCAGUCAUGUCUGUGGGGCUUACCUUUUAUUUUUGUUGUGUGAAAUAACAUUCAACAAAUUGCAAGAAUGUGGUUCAGGCCCUUUAUUCAGUCUUGUCUAAGUAACGUUCUAGCUUAAUUACAAAGUGACACAAGGAUUAUCAAGCAGAGCCUUAAGGCACAGUGUAGUCACAGAUCAGACAAAGUGAUCAUGAUAAACCCAAUUUUCCAUCCCUAACAUUUAGGAAAAUGAAAUUCUGCUCUGACUCACCAACUAAUUAUAUUUUUACAAAUACCAGAUGAAUUAUUUAUUUCUCCUGCAAUAAAUACACCACAGUCAAUUCUGAAACUGAGAAUUUUCACUUCAGAGUAGUAAUAAGAAAUUAAUGUGAUUGCUAUAAAUAGGUGGAAUAAAAGUUACAUUAAAUUGAUAUUUCCUAGUCACUCUGCCACAAGUUACUGGGGUCUGAAUAUAAAUGCAGUAAUACUCUGCACAAUCUGGGUAACCUAUGCUCGUGAUAGAUAAAAUUCAAUUUGAAUAAAGGCCAGAAAAGGCUACAAGAAUAAACGGCAUGUAUCUAUGCAGAUAAUGGAGGAGAGAAGACAGUAGCUCAAAAACAACAGACUACAUUGAUUCGUGAACAGAAUAAAGCAAAUUUUUCAUGACCAGAAAGUAGGAAUUAAAAGGCUGAUGCUUUGUAAUGGCGAGUCUUCCAGGACAUUCAGGUAGCAAAGUGAGAAAAAGUUAGGCUUUUAUCAGUAUUUUAAAGAGCAUGAUUGACACGAUUGCCCGAGAUACCAAAUCGCUGGCAAAAUGAAUAAGAUGGUCAGUUCCAAUAAUUGUUGCUAACAUUUGAUUUACUGCAGCAAGAGUGGAACAAGUGGAAGAGUGUACAGAUCACAGAAGGAGAGGCUGGCCACCUGGACUGCAUUGAGUACUGCUCAGGAGUGGAUGAGGAGGCAGUUGAGAGACUGUGGGUGGGAAUUAAGGGGCAGGCUGGCAUGGGUGACACUGUUGUGGUGCCGUCUAUUACAGACCACUGGAUCAGAACUAAGAAGCCAACGAGGCCUUUUACAGGCAGCUGAUAUCAGCCUUGCAAUUACAGGCCCUGGUUAUCGUGGGGGAUUUUAACUACCCUGAUAUUUGCCGGAAGGUCUGCUCAGCCAGCCAUCCACAAGCCACCCAAGAGGUUCCUCCAGUGCACUGAUGAUAACUUCCUGAUGCAAAUGGUGGAUGAGCCAACUAGGAGAGGAGAGCUGCUGCAUCUUGUUCUCACUAACAAGGAGGGCCCAAUUGAAGUGGUGAAGGUUGAGGGCAGCCUUGGUUGCAGUGACCAGGAGAUGAUGGAGUUGAGAAUCACACGUGGCAGGAUCAGAAAACCAAGCAGAAUCACAACCCUGGACUUCAGUAGGGCCAACUUGGUCCUUUUGUAGCAAUUGCGAGUGGAAAUCCCAUGGGACAGAGUACUUGAAGGUAAAGGGGCCCGAGAUAGUUGGUUAGCAUUCAAGGACUGCUUCUUCCAAGCUCAUGAUCAGAGCAUCCCAACAGGUAGUACGUCAAGAAAGGGAGCCAGGAGACCUGCGUGGUAAAACAGGGAACUGCUGGGCAAACUCAAGUGGAAGAGGAGAGUCUACAGAAGACGGAAGGAGAGGCUGGCCACCUGGGAGGAAUGUAAGACUGUUGUCAGAGGAUGAAGGGAGGCAACUAGGAAAGCUAAGGCCUCCUCAGAAAAAAAUGUUGCUAGAGAGGUCAAGAAACACAGAAAGGGCUUCUUCAAAUACACUGCAGACAAAACUAACACUAGAGGCAAUGUAGGCCCACUGAUGAAUGAGGUGGAUGUCAUGGUGACAGAAGACACACAGUAGGCGGAGUUACUAAAUGCCUUCUUUGUCUCUGUCUGUAGUGCUGGAGGCUGUCCAGAGAAGCCUAGAUCUACAUUGCUCAGAGAUAAGCAAUUAUACCAGUGCCUGGAAUGCAACCUUAUGAGAACCCUGAAGCUGUGGGGGCACUGACCUGGACUGCCACACCCCCGCCCCCCAACUGCUCUCUUGCUUACCCUCCUCACAGUGGUGGGGUGAAUGAUAUGAUGCAACAACUCAGCUAAGGACGGGGAGGUCACACACCAGGUACAACUCUGCACAAAGUGGUUUCAGUUUGAAGAGGAUUCAUUUAAUUACGCAUUAAAAAAGAACUGGGAUAGCGAGAACUAAAAGCAAACUAAAACCACUUCCUAAGUUGUGUCUAACUCAGGUGUUUGAAGUAAGGAUGGCAGCAGCGCAUCUCAAGGAUGGUCCCCAAACUGGUACACGUGUUCACUUGUUGUCAAUGCUCCAAUGUUAUGUAUUUUUUGAUUAUACUCAAGUUACGUCCAUAACUCCCCCCAUCCCCAUGCUGGGGGCUACUGCCAGCCUAGUUCCAUAUGGGCUGUGACCUCACAGAGUUAUCCCCACCCGCCAGACUAUGAUCUCACGGCUCUGCCCAGGUGAGCCAGCGGCCAGCACUUUGUCUCUCCCAGUGCGGUCGUGACCAGCUUUGAGCGAUGGUUGUCGACAGCUUUCUCCUUGUCCCCAGCCUCCUGCUCCUGGUGGCUGGGCUGUUUCUGCUCACCCCUCUCUGGCGCCGACAGGGUUCUGACCGGCGCCGGCAAUGGUGGACAUGGUGGCUGCAAGUGGUGGCAUCAAAGUCAGGUGCUGAGAGGCAGACAGGCAGGCACAGGAGCCCCCUGUGCAGGCCACGUUGCUCCCAGCAGCAAGCGUCACAAUGGCAGGGCAGUCCCAUCCUGCCCCAUCCCGUGCAGCCAGGAAAGAUCUGGCCUUUGGUGCUGCGCAGUCUAUGGCCCUCUCUUCACAUGGACUCUGCUACUGGUACCUCGAGCUCUGCGGGGAAACCCGGCAGGCUUCCCAGACAGGACCAGCGCCCGCAGGUUCUGGUGGCACGCGGGACCCCCAGGACGCUCAGUCAGCGUCCUAGGCUAGGCGGUGGAGUUAAAGACCUGCCGCCUGAGAUCUCCAACUUCACAAAGCCACCAGUGAAAGGGUUGGUCUUCCAGGAGGGCCUCGUUCAAACAGAGGAGAGAAAACGCUGGUGGCACUACCAGACCAAGAGGCUCUUUUGGCAUAGGCUCUCCCCAGCACUUCCCAAAGGCAAGAGUGGAACAAGUGGAAGAGUGUACAGAUCACAGAAGGAGAGGCUGGCCACCUGGACUGCAUUGAGUACUGCUCAGGAGUGGAUGAGGAGGCAGUUGAGAGACUGUGGGUGGGAAUUAAGGGGCAGGCUGGCAUGGGUGACACUGUUGUGGUGCCGUCUAUUACAGACCACUGGAUCAGAACUAAGAAGCCAACGAGGCCUUUUACAGGCAGCUGAUAUCAGCCUUGCAAUUACAGGCCCUGGUUAUCGUGGGGGAUUUUAA